AUGGAGAUUGACGCAACAUCGCCGGAGUUCCGAGACUGGGCUGCCGGCCUGCCGAUCGACCUGCUCUAUUGCAUACGCGACCUCCUGGGUUUCCCCGAUCUCGUGCGCUUCCGCGGCGUGUGCCGGGCGUGGAGGGAAACAAUCCCGGUGUCCGACCCACGGACGUCGAUGCCGUCGCCGUGGGUGGUGAUCCCUGGCGGCUCCAGCGUCUACGACUGGGAGGAAUUCAAGUUCGUGUCGCUGCCCAAGAACGGCAACCUGACGCUGACGUUCCCGGGUGCCCGGUGCGUGGGUUCCAGCGGGGGGUGGCUGGCCCUCGUCGACGCCAAUCUGUGCAUCACGCUGGUGAACGCGCUCAUGUCGGCGGCGGACGCCCAGGCGCGGGCGGUCAAGUUGCCACCGCUGCUCAGAUUGGCGGGCAACCCAAGUACUGUGUGCAGCCGCACCCUGCAGCGACGCUACAUCGAGAGGAUAGCCUUCUCGCCGGACCCGAGCUCGGGGGACUACGCGGCCGCCGUGCUGUGCCGGAUGUGGCACGGCGUGGCGUUCACCAACUCCCGCCGUAGUGGGUGGCAGAGGCUGGACUGGCCGUUCGUGCAGGGCGAGCCCCACCCGCCGGACCCAAUCCCCGAGGACGAGUUGGAUGACCGCCAUAUCAGCCUGAACACCGGCUUCGACGUGGUGUACCACGGCGGGAGGUUCUAUUACAUGACAGCCUGUGGGAGGAUAUGGGCGCUGGACGCGACGGCGCCUCCCGGUACUCCGGUGAAGCCGGUACUGUUCGCAACGAGCCAGGUGCCGCGCGACCAGCUGCUGCGGUACGGCAAGCACAUGGUGUUCUCGGAGGACGGCGCGCUGCACGUGGUAUGGAGCGACUUGGAUGGCAUGCCGCGCAUGGGCGGCAUCAAUGGAUCGUUGGUGAGGCGGUGGCAGCCGAUGAGGAUCCAGAGGUACGAGCCGGGGAGCCCGUGGGGGUGGCGGGAGGUGCAUCACCUUGGCGGCCGCGCCUUCCUGAUCGGCAGCCACAGUCAGUCGGUGUGCUUGGAGGAGCCUGCGAGGAAGAAGACGUGGCUGAGUCCAAACUGCGUCUACUUCACCAACAUCAUGCCGGGCUCCAACAUGGAACACAUCCCCAACACACAUCCUUACAUCAUGGAAUUCGACGUGGUUAACGGCGUCUUCUCCACACGAAACCACUUUGACCAUACGGACGACAAUCGACCAGAUGUCGAGUAUCCAUGGUUGUACCCCGCUAACCUUCCAGCUGGACACCCGUGUUUGGCCUGGUCAAAGGCCAUAUGGUUUACACCCUAA